UAGAGUAUUUGACAGGCGCUUGUUUUGAUUUUAGCAUGAUUAUAGUCAGGUAGCCUAGUUGGCCUAAUGGAGAUGUGUAAUGGACAGUACUCUGACUUUGUAAGGUCCUUUGGGGAAACCGAAUUGUCUUUACACUUUGUACAUGAUCGCCAAAUUGCAUAAAAAUUGAGCUGUUUCCUAUGUAGCUACCUUUGACAUUUCAUGAAAAAAGAAUGACAGAUCCAGAUGAAAAUUGGAAAGAAUUGGCUGCACAGAAGGAGAGAGAAUGGAAGGAAGUCACCAAUCAAAGAAUACAAACCCUUGAGGCAGCUUACAAAGACAAGGACAGACAACUCCAAGAAGAAAAGGCAAAGUUCACAAAGCUUAAGGAAGAUUUCAAGUACAAUCUGAAAGUCCUAGAGGAAAGAGACAAGGAAUUAGAAACAUAUGAUUUAACUUUCAGUGAGCUGAAGUCAAGUCUGAAUGUGAAGAAUGGAGAGAUUAGUGAGAUGAAGAUCAAGCUUGAUGACAUGAAAUCCUGGAGUGACAGAGAGAACCAGGCACGAGAAGAACUUCAGCUACAUUAUCGACAAAGGCUGAAAGAGAAACAGGCGGAAAUUGACUCCUAUAGAUGUUCCAAAGAUUCAGAACUACAACAGGAAAGAAAAGAGUUUGAAAAAUUCAAAAGGAAUCUUCAGAGAAAAUUAACAGAAGUUGAGGAAGAACUUGAUACCCAACGAAGAGAACUGAGUGCAGAAUUUGAGGAUGCUUUGAAAAGAAGAGAACAUGAGUUUCGUCUGCAAACUGAUGAAAUGAGCACAAAAGUUUUAGAGUAUGAACUUAAGGCCAAGUUACUUGGUAAGGAGAUGGAGAUGAUGAAGGAUGCACAGGAAAGGAAUGCCCAAGAAUACACUGAGGUAGAGAGGAACCACCGACAGCUAGAGAAAGCUCUGAAGGAGAAGGACUGGGAACUGGCAGACUUGUCAGCUAUGAAGGAUGCAAGGAUAUCUGACCUUGAGAAACAUCUACAGCAGUCAGAGAUGACUAUCAACAGAAUGAAGGAAGACUUUCAGAGAAAUUUGUUUCACAGACAUAGUGAAAUGGACAGAUAUGGACGUGAGAAAGAAGCAGCCCUGGCCAAAGUGAAGGAGGGCUAUGCUGACAGGGAGCAGUCAUUAUCUACCACCAUCAGGGAGCUACAAUCUGCCAUCGAGGAUAAUCAAGUGGAGAUACGCAAACUUCAGUGGGCGAGACAAGACCUGGAAAAGGAGAAGGAUUUACAGACACAGAAGUUACAUGAUGAACUAUGUGAGAUAAAAGACAAGUGGGACAAACAGACAACAAAUGUGUCCCGCAGUCAGGUCAAUAAGGAUCUGGAGCUGGAAGCACUCAGGGAGAAUGAGGCCAAACUUAAAGCUGACCUCCAGCAGAGAAAAGAAGACAUUGAGAGAUACAAAAAGGAGUUGAGUCUGGCUGUGGAACGAGAGAAUAGUUUGGAGAGAAGUAAGGUUCAGUUGGAGCUUGACUGGCAGAGACGCUUGGAGGACCUAGAAAGGCAGCAAUAUGAAAAGUCUGAGGACUUUGUUAAGAAACUGACACGAGGCAGGGAUGAUGCACUGGCAACAGUGAAGGAAAAGGAGCGAGAACUUCAGCACCGUGAGACAUUGAUCAGAACGCUGUACCAUGACAGGGAGCAGGCCCUAGCCACACUAAGGAAACAUGGCAUUGCUGUUGAAAAGAAUAACAAUGUGGAUAUGGAGAAAGUAUGGUUAACAUCAAACUCGGAGGAUAUUGAACUUCUCCAGAAGCAAAAUGAUAGUCUGAAGUCUGUCAUCAAGGAAAUGAGGAUGCAGAUGGAAAAUCUAGGGCAUGCAAUUCCUGCUCCAGCCUCAGAAUCUGUGAGACAUACUGGAAGCAAAGAUAAUGAUUAUGUUGAAAAUCUUCAACAAGAGGUUCGAUCUUUGAGAAAAAAAGCAAGAGAUCUAGAAAAUCUUGUGGAGGAAGGAAAGCGAUAUGGAAAGAUACCUGUAUCAGCUUCCACUGCCACAGAGCAGGAGGUGUUGAUGGAAGUGAAGGACAACCCCACACUCCGAUGCCACAUCAGUGCUCUUAAUGAAAAUAUUGGUUCUUUAAGGUCAGAAAAGGUAGAGUUUUCUGCCCAGGUAAAAAAGCAACAGGCUAGGAUACAACACCUGGAGAGGUCUAUUGAGCAGCUGUCUAAAGAGCCCCGUCAGAAGCAGGUGGAGGUUGACCAGCUGAGGUAUGAUCUCAGUGCUAGAGAGAGACGAAGUCAGGCAGAGAUUGGGAGCAUGAGGCAGAGAGUGUCGGACCUUGAGAUGCAGCUAGCUGAGGCCAGAAAGGAGAGUGACGAGUAUUACCGCUGUAACCUGGAGAGGAAUAUGGAAGUUACAGGACUGCGACAAGAGAUUUCAGCUCUGAAACUGGACAUGGCUGACAAAAGACCAACUGUAAACUUUGGAGCACAGGAGUUAAUGAUACAGCAGCUGGAGGAUGAAAUCUCACGAUUGAGACAGCAGGCCCCAGAACUCGAAGGAUCUGUGGACCUAGGCCCAAAGGGCCACAUCAAGGGUUCCACAGCAGAUCUACAGCAUAAACUCAAGGUAGCAGCAAAACACAUCGCACAAUUAGCUAAAGAGAAACAACAGCUCAUUGAAAUGGGUAAUCGGCUGAGAGCUGACCUCAAGAAAGCAGGCAUUAACCCUUCUCAUGGUCCUCCAAAAAGUGCUCCUCCUGCCAACAACCAGGGUGUCAUGUCACAGGAGAUGCUCAGUAGACUUGGUCAACUGGAAAGACUACAAUAUCAGCUGACUAGACAGCAACUGGAAUAUGCCCAGAAGUUCCCACCAACAAAGCAUGAGGAGAGAGAUUAUGUUGAUUCUGAAGUAGAAGAGAGACCUCCUUCCAUCCUCAAGAAAUCUAUAGACUUUGCUGAGACUGAUGAUAUAAUAAAUAUACGAGCUAGUCAUGAUACAACAGACUCACGGAGGUCUGGCCUGACAGACUCCUCCAGGGCACCGUCCUAUCCAGGAAAUACGUCACAGACUAGAGAACAGUUCCUGAUGAGCAUGUCAUCUGUUGGUGGAGAGUCUCUCCAGGAAAUCUGGAAGAUGAUGGAGGAAAGACCUAGUCCAAGUCCAUUUACUCCUCAUUAUUUGGACAAACACGGUGAAUACCCAAGUAAUAACUCUAACAGGAGCCUAGAUAGUUCAGGAGAGCUGGUUCUGAAAGGGAGAAAACCAAGUAUGGAAAUGCGAAGUAAAUCAGACUCUAAAUUAUCAGGAAAAGCUGCUGGAAAGAAAGGUGCUGUGAAACAUAUGCGGAAACCAAAAAUACGCAAUUAUAAUGAAAAAGGAGUCCAGUGACAUUUAAAAAUUCACUGAUAAUUGGAUAGCAGAAUUGACAGACUUCAUUAUCAAUAAGUACCAGUGAGACCAGUAUCCCAAUUACAAACUGGUUUCUGAGUAAUAAAAACACCCAUGUUUAGUUAUCCUUGCCGACAUCUAUCCUGGUAUAUCUCAGUUACACUGACUGCUAGUAUUAACCAAACCGUAGAACGUAUGGAGUAGAUUCAAAUAAUGUAAUAGUAUAUACCCACAUGGUAAUGAAGAAACAUGGGCGAUGGUCUCUGUGAUGUCUUCGCGCCAAAGUGCUGAGUAAAGUCAUCGUACAAUAAAAUGUACUGGUAUCUGCAUUGACUAGGAAUUCCUAUACAUUUACAUAUUUAUAACAAUAAAUAUUCAUCCCAGAC